AUGGUUUCGCCAAUUAAGUUGAUGAUUGGAGAGGAAGAAAAGUUCCAAGGAAAAGCAUUGGCGCUAUCCCAUACAAAGAGUGCAAUAAGUACGAUAAAAGAGAAAUUCAGUGAGCAACAGCUACGAACCUUCGAAGAGAGUUGUUUUGGGCAUCUCCUACUCAUCGAGGACCUGAAGUGGACGUCGCCAAUUGUACACGGAUUGUUGCUGAGGAAAGCUGAUCCGAAGACUGUUUCCCAAGUGAACGGGAUCAAAUUCAUUGUUGGCAAUAAGGUGAUCCAAUUCACACCGCAGCAAUUUUGCGUCGUCACAGGGCUAAGGUUUGGAAACCUUCCCUUUAUUCCGAUUCCCAGUAAUGACAACUGCUCAUUGAAAAGGAAGUAUUUUGGCAACAAUAAAACAGUGAGCCUGUUGGAAUUAGAAAAAGCCUUCCGCGACUGCGCUGAUGCGGAUGAUGCAUUGAAGCUCGGCUUUGUAUACUUCGCUGUGUUUGUGCUGUUGGGCAGUGAAAAACAUGUCCACAUUGACAUGCGAUAUUUGAAGUUGGCGGAAGACCUUGAAGAUUUUGGGAAAUAUCCAUGGGGUGCUGUGUCUUAUGCGAAGACAAAUGCGUCACUGCUGAGGGCACUGUGUGCAGAUUACCAGCGAGUGAAAGGGCCCAAAAAAGCUUCGAAAACAAAAAAAUCUGAAAAGCAAGUAAAGACAACGGCAACUGGUAGACCAAGAGAGUACCACCUGAAGGGUUUUGCCUUUGCACUUCAGGGGAGAAACAUUCAAGGGAGGGGGUCAGGGGUAGAAGGGAAUUCAAGAAUAGAAAAUGGACAGAAGAUUUGGGCUUAUGAGGUAUUUCCAGCGUUGGCUGCACUACAUUUGGUGGUGCACGAACAUAAUGCCUACAUCCCUCGUAUACUACAUUGGAGGAGCAACACUUUGCCGCGUUUUUAUGAGCUCAUGAGCCAAGUCUUCGAAAACCGUGAGGUUGAUGUGCAACUUAUCCGGCCAUCUGUAAUUGACAAGCAGCAGCCGUAUUGGACUUGGGGUGACAGUGUUGACAACACUGAAGAACUUGUUGAGUUGGUUGGCGAUGACGCUGAACAAAAAACCAGCACGUCUGCCUCUGUAGAAGAAAAAGAUGAGGACAUUGAAGAAACUGCUAGCCUUCCGUCGUCUUCUAAGGCAAGCAUUACCUAUUUUCCAAUAUUCCAAUAUAUGUCAUAA